AUGCCUGGGAGAGCCCAGAAGGCCUAGAGGGUGGUGACAGUUCUGAAGAAGGUGGAUCUGAGCUCACUUGUUCUUCAUUCUCUGUGUCAGGAAAACUUUAUUCGAAUUAGCAUUCCUUUUUAAUAGUUUUCACCUGGGAUGGCCUGUUACCUUGGAUGAUCGGGUCAGUAGCAACUUUCAGUGCUGGCUUAGGAGUUUUGACUAUUGAGCUCUGUUUCCACUGCUUCUAUCCUGGCUCGGGCCUCCUUGCCACCCACCUGGUCUAUUGCAAUAACCUCUUAACUGGCCGCCUGCCACCAGUUUCUUCCCUCUAGCAUCUACUUAUACCCACCACUACCACAGGCUAAUCCUUGUACAUAGCACUGGUUUUGCCAUUUACAAUUUUAAAAAGUCUGACUUCAACUUACUCAGCUUUAUCUUUUAUUAUUUCCAUACUCUAUCUAAAUUGGAUUAUGUCAUUUUUCAAAUGCUUUCCUUUUCUUACCAUAUUUUCAGACCCUGCCCUUUAGCCAUCUCUGCUUUCUUUCCCUAAAUCUUUGCUUACUUUCCUUUUUUAAACUCUCUUUGUUAUUGUGAAAGACUGAGCAUUCCACGAAUCUUUCAUCUGGUUUCCAUCCACCAUCAGUCAAAUGAGUACUUGCCCCAAUAAAGGGCUACAGGACAUACUCUUCUGCUUGUGGGCUAUGAAAAAUCGUGGAUAUGUGUACACAUAUGCCCGAGUAUCUGUGCCUUAUCUUCCAAGUUAGAUUGAGGCAGAGGCUCAUGUUCCUUUUUGUAGGCCUAGAUGUAUAUAUAGCAUGAUGCACUUUGGCAGUGUCAGUCAACAUUUUUAUUUAAUUUUCUAAACCAUGUGAGGAAACACUUGGGGAAUUAAAGGAACUUUCACUAGCAGAGCUGAAACCAAAGCAAAGAUCAUGCCUUGAACCCAGGGUACCGCACUCACUGUUGAUCUUUUGGGACUCCCAGACCCGGUGUUGCUGUCACUCUGCAAGCAGGAAGGAAAGGGCAGAAUAAGCAGAGCAGCUAUAAUUGGAAUCAACUUCUGAUUAAGAUGAUGAUGAUCUACUAUCAAUAUCCAAGAUCCAUCUGUCUUCUGCUAAUCGAAAUAGCUCCGCUCUGCUCUAUGAAAUAUGGGAGACGACAGACCGUUUGUGUGCAAUGCCCCGGGCUGUGGACAGAGAUUUACAAAUGAGGACCACCUGGCAGUUCAUAAACACAAGCAUGAGAUGACAUUGAAAUUUGGCCCAGCCCGAACUGACUCAGUCAUCAUUGCAGAUCAAACUCCUACUCCUACUAGAUUCCUGAAGAACUGUGAGGAAGUGGGGCUCUUCAAUGAACUGGCUAGCUCCUUUGAACAUGAAUUCAAGAAAGCUUCAGAUGAAGAGGAAAAAAAGGCUGCUGCUGGGCCCCUUGACAUGUCUCUGCCGUCCACACCAGACAUCAAAAUCAAAGAGGAAGAGCCAGUGGAGGUAGACUCAUCCCCACCUGACAGCCCUGCCUCUAGCCCCUGCUCCCCACCACUCAAGGAGAAGGAGGUUGCCCCAAAGCCUCUUGUGAUCUCUACCCCUACGCCUACCAUCGUCCGCCCCGGGUCCCUGCCUCUCCACUUGGGCUAUGAUCCACUUCACCCAACCCUUCCCUCCCCAACCUCCGUCAUCACACAGGCUCCACCAUCUAACAGACAACUCGGGUCUCCCACUGGCUCCCUCCCUCUCGUCAUGCAUCUUGCUAAUGGACAGACCAUGCCUGUGCUGACAGGGCCUCCGGUACAGAUGCCUUCUGUUAUAUCGCUGGCCAGACCUGUGUCUAUGGUACCCAACAUUCCUGGUAUCCCUGGUCCACCAGUUAACAGCAGUGGCUCCAUUUCUCCCUCUGGCCACCCUAUGCCAUCAGAAGCCAAAAUGAGACUGAAAGCCACCCUAACCCAACAAGUCUCCUCAGUGAAUGGUGGUUGUGGAAUGGUGGUAGGUACUGCCAGCACCAUGGUGACAGCCCGUCCAGAGCAGAGUCAGAUCCUCAUCCAACACCCUGAUGCCCCAUCCCCUGCCCAGCCACAGGUCUCACCAGCCCAGCCCACUCCUAGUACUGGAGGCCGAAGGCGGCGCACUGUGGAUGAAGAUCCAGAUGAGCGGCGCCAGCGCUUCCUGGAGCGUAACCGGGCUGCAGCCUCCCGCUGCCGGCAAAAGCGGAAGCUAUGGGUGUCCUCCCUAGAGAAAAAGGCAGAGGAACUCACAUCUCAAAACAUUCAGCUGAGUAAUGAAGUCACGUUACUACGCAAUGAGGUGGCUCAGUUGAAACAGCUUUUGUUAGCUCAUAAAGACUGCCCAGUUACUGCACUACAGAAAAAGACCCAAGGCUACUUAGAAAGCCCCAAGGAAAGCUCAGAGCCGACGGGUUCUCCAGCCCCUGUGAUUCAGCACAGCUCAGCAACAGCCCCUAGCAAUGGCCUCAGCGUCCGCUCUGCAGCUGAAGCUGUGGCCACUUCAGUCCUCACACAGAUGGCCAGCCAAAGGACAGAACUGAGCAUGCCAAUACAGUCGCAUGUGAUCAUGACCCCACAGUCCCAGUCUGCGGGCAGAUGAUGCCUCCCCUGGUGGAGAGGUCCCCAGCCAGCGCUCGCCCUCCGGGAGCCGAGAAAGAUGUCAUCUAAUCCCCUUCCGUCUGCCUUGGACAUGGCAACAUGGGGAGAAAUGUGUGUGUUGUGAGUAAUGGACAGAUGUGAGGCUUUUCAGCCUCAGGACAUGUGUGUUGACAUCUGUACUAGGAGCCUCCCAGCCCCAGAGCCACAUAGAACAUCCCCCAAGGUGGGGGUUCUAAUAUACCCACAGCCAAAGGGCUUUCCAGAUGGUCUGAACAAUCACCCCUACCCGUGCACGUGUUCCUGUCUCUUUUAACACUAACCCUGCACUUCUGAGCUUUGGGUUUCUCCGUGCCCUCUCUGCUCACUAAGCCGUGGCUAUUGCCUUCUUGUUUCUUACCAGCAUGCCACUUCCUGCUAGCUAGAAGGAGGCUAGAGUUGAUGGUCUAUCACCGCUGACCCAUCCCCAGUCACCCCAUGAACUCAGGACUUUGUCUCCCGGUAACUGCUUAUCCUAGUUGACACACUCACUUGGCAGAGAUGCGCGGUUACAUAUGAAGUCGCAGUGUCUCCACCUCCUCCAUCGCCCUUCUCCCUGCCUGCCACCGAAACAAAAAUGACAAAAAGAAACAAAACCCCAGAGUUUAGAGUUCUUGCUGUUACUUCCAGAGCUCUCUGUGUACUUCAUUUGUCUCUUGUAUUUUUCCAGUCCGGGGAUGGGAUCUCUCCCUCCUCCCACGGCCUUUGCAGCCUCAUCUUGUGGCCUUAUUAGACACUGCUUGGUCGUGAGAGGGGAGGAGGCCAGGUCUGGCUGAUUCCUUCCCCAUCCCCUGCUGUGUCCCUCAGUUCUCCCUGUCGGGGCAAGCAAGAAGUGUGGUUUAAGCGCGUUCCCUCAGGUUACUGGAUUGAUUCUUUUAGGUUUUCCAAGUUUACCGGGCAACCACCCCUGUCUCCCUCCCCAUCCCUCUGUCCCUGUUACUGCCUCUGUCUCUUUCUGUAACUCAUUCAGAUGCAGCCCUCCUACAGGCUGUCAUGUGGGGACUGUUGCUCCCCACCGCUUCACCUCAUCCUUCUGUCCUUUUCUGAGCUACGAGCUUAUAUUCACAAGUGCCCCCAGUCUGGCCACUUGGUCUCUCUGCUCUUCCCCAUCGAUGCAUUGCUCCUUGUAGUCCAGGCGCCAGGACUGUGACACCUCACAGCAAGGUCCUGAGUAGGUUUCUUGAGUGUUGGGUUGAGUUGGGGAGAGAAGGGUGCAGUAACUGAUCUCAGCAGAAGAGCCUGCUCAGUGAAGGGUCUGACCCGCCCGGGACACUGGGGACUGUUGCUUUUAGCCAUUCAUUCAAAAGCUGGGUUGCAGGAGAAGUUCAUCCCUCUUGUCCCUCUUUCUCCCCCGUCAAGAUCAUCUUCCUUUGACUCUGAACUAUGCAGUUCCUGUCAGGGCCAUAGGAAGCAAGCCAAAGCCAGAGGCCUGUGGAUAGACAGGUCAGCUUUAAUAGCCCUCCAGUAUGAAACCCUUCCAGUUGUCCCAGAGCCACCUUCUGCCAUCUGUCCAAACCAAAAAUGUCCCUUCUCAUCUCUCCUAAACAUACAUACAAAAUAACUGCCAGUUUGCUUGCUUAUUUUUUUCUUCUCAAAUAUUGUCACAGAGGAAUGGGAAGUGUUCUAAGCUCCAAGACUCCCGUCUCCUCAGAGCCACGUGCUGGUGGGCCAGUCAAACGACGUGUUCUACUGCUUUUUUUUUUUUUUUGGUAAAUAUUUUAUCUGAACAUUUUAAAGUUUAAUUUCAUAACCACUUUUAUUUAUUAUCACUGAAAUUUAACAGACUCCUAUUGGAACUUAUUUAUGCGUAAAAAGGUUGGAACUAGAAUCUUCAAUGCAUUCUAAAAUUUAGGGGAAAACGUCACGCCUGCCGUCCAUCACCGUCAGUGCCUGCACAGCACCCUCUUCCCAGCCCUGCGCCUGGUGCCGCCUUCCGCGCUGGGGUUGCUGCUGCUCAGUUCCCGCUUCCCUUCCUCUUUCCACUUCAUCCCUCAGCCGUGGAAGUUUAGCAUAGUUUUGUCAGGAUUUUCUGACUUAUAGUCCGUCAUCCUCCUAAUGUCCCCAAAACAGUCAUGCCCUCUGGCCCCAAAGUCGGCAGAAGUCAGUUUGAUGGAAAUGGCUCUGUCAUGUUGUGAAAUUCCACACUUAAAGUGAGAAUCAAGGUUGAUUCCAGGUAAUAAAUUAGGGAACUUGUGACUCGGUGCCAGCAGCAAACGUUGCCUUGUCUGGUAGUAAAUAACACAAGUCACUCCUAUGAAUUAUGAAAACUGCGGGUGUAAAUGAAGGAGAGGCAAGGGAAGGGGCCUCUGGAGAGAGUCAGUGUUUCCUUGGCUUGAACUCCAGUGCCAAGUUGUGGACGCAGAAUCCCUGAGCAGCAGGCCCAGGUCCAGCAGGAAACACGUGGCCCAGGUGGGCUCUACACGCUUGCAGACAGCCUCUGCAUGAGCCCGUCCUAGUGAGGACUCCACACGCCUCAGGACCCCUGGUUUACUUUUAUCAGCGCCCGCUGUCCCGGGAGCCUCAGCACAUGAAGCAUCCAGUCCGAAGCAGUAGUUCUCAGCAUUGAGGGGCGCUGUCCCAGCGCGCAUAGCCCAGCACCCGGCCCCUUGCCAUCAGGUAGACCCCACUGAGAGGCGGUCCCCUUCCUUUUCCUCUGGUGACAUCAAACUGCUCUGGGGUUUACUUGCCAUUUGCCCUUGGCAGAGCUGGCUCCUGCUUUGUAACAGCCCUGAGUCCCGCCUUGCACACCUUGCUCCUUGCUGCCUGCAGCGGAGCCUCUCAGAAGGGCAGACCCAGUGGGCACAGAGGAGGCACGCCAUGACCACGUGUGGAGCCCCGGGAGGUCCUGCCUUUAUUUGUCUCCUCUCCUGCCUUUCAGAGCCAAUGCUGAAUAACCACACCUGGUGAAGAGAAAGAAAACCUCGUUUUCUCAUCCUCUCUGCCCAGGACCCAAUGAGAACAGCCCAUGAGGUGACUCAGACACGCAAAUGGCACGGCAGAUGGCCAGGAUGCAGGUCACCUCCCCCAGGGACUCCACUUGCCUUUAAAAAGUCACAGCCAAAAAAAUUGUUUUCUCACAGCCAUAACUUGUUCUCAGGACUUUGCCUUUAGACAGUCACUCCCUGGGAUUUUCUCCUGCUUUUUGUUUCUUUUUUUUAUUAUCUUGAUGUCCUACUAGCAGCCGUGCCCUGAAGCCUGACUGAGUUUAUGACUCCCGAGGAGCCUUCAUAAGACCCUUGACUAUUUCCCUUCCCCUUCAGGCAGAUGUUUCACCCCUGCACACUGGCCUUGCCCCACUGCUCGGCGUUGGAGGGAGUGUGAGUGCACCAGCGGCCCCUGUGUAGAGCAACUCAUUUUCGUAGAGGGGCUUAUGUCAUUUCCUGGCCUUUUGUCUUGAUUCUCUUGAGUCCUUGUUUCCGUCACUGGGAAGUUCGUAUUAAGGACCUGCAUGAGGAACACUCCCAGAGCCUUACUAGUAAAGGAGCAAUGAAACGAGGAAAGGGCAGGUCAACCCCCCCAGGCAGCUCUCUGCUUUGUCCCGCGUCUCCCAAAGAAGGCCUCGCGGUUACUUACCCUGAGACCUUGCUGACAGUCAAGGUAACAUCGCUUACCUUGCUACUGCUGCCAGCCAUGUGGCUGCUUUCCCCUGCUCGUUGCCUUCCAGACCUGACUGGACCAGAACCAGCAUCACAGAGGGUCACUCGGCCCUUCCGAAGGAUCCUGGCCUUUCUAGGACCCUAAGAGAAGGCACCUUCUGAAAGUAGUUGGUAGUGUGGAGUCUUCAGACUCUUCAAGUGAACGCAGGCAGAACUCAGGCCUCCCACCUCACCCCAAAGACAGCUGCUGAAUACCCAAGCCAUAGACACAAGGCCUAGAACCAGGUCCUCUGGUCUCAUGGCCGCCCUCCCUUAAGACAGCUUGCUUAAUCUUGAAAAGUGAGACACCCCCACCCCCACCCCUGAUGAGGGAAGCCUAGAAAGAAAAGAACCUCUUUCACUUACCCCUUCCCCAUUGGUUCUACGUCCCAGAUACAACCUUCCUUCGGCCUCCGCUCGCUCUUGCCCCCAGGCUCUAGACCAUAUGCGCUCAGUGGUGGUGGGAGAGGAGGUGGCCUCACUGAACCUCACCUUGGCUGCCUUCCUGCGCCCGUCCUGUUCUCGGUCCCUUUCCUGAUUCACUGCCCUCCAGCACCCCCCACCUCAGAGGACAGGGUGUUUAACCACAGCCAGACCCUGUCCACAGCCCAAACCACAAAGUAAACACCAAAAAAAUCCCUCCUCUGGCUUCUGAGGCUCCCCUGCUUCCCACUCCUAAGGAGAGGCUCCUUUAAAGGUGCUACCCUGAGACAGUUCUCCCCAAGACCCCCUCAUCACUUCCUUCCCACCCCCAAAUCAUUAUUUUCCAUUAAUACUGUACAUUGUAUACACAGGAAGGAAAUGUAUUAUUAUUUUUUAUUUCAUAACCAGUCUGUUUAGAAUCCAGUGCUCCUAGCUGUAUUACAUAUGCCUUUGUUGAUAUGUUCUUUCUGCUUUGUUUUGACUUUUGUUUGACAGGGGCGGAGGGAGGAACAACACAGGUGAGAAUCCUAAGGCAGAUUAGAGGAACCCCCAUCCUCCCUGAGCCUCCUGCAGCCCUAAUCAUCCCUCCCAUCGUGUAGAACUGAUUUCUGUUUGCACACGUGCGUGCGUGCUCACAGACAAGCCCCUGCCCUCCAACGUGGUGACCCAGCAAGAAUGAGCUUAGGUGGCUUUGGCCGACAUUCCCACCCUCUGUACCAGUUCCUUAGUCUCUCUUUGAGGUCAAGUCCUACCCCAGAGUGAGAAGGGGCUGGAGAGAGAAGGGCAGGUUUGUAUUGUAGCUGCUAGGGUUGACUUUAUUGGUAUGCCUGGACCUGGUAGCACAGAGCUAUCUGGAAGCAUGACCUGCUGAUGAGGGACGUGUCAGCCGUGGCCGUGAGCACCGGUUCAUUGACUUCCGGGCCCCGGUUCUGAGCACCGUCCAGGACCAGCGGCGCCGGUGCCGCUGUCAUCCAGGAGCUUGUUAGAAAUGCACAUUCGAGGCCCACCCGAGACCUAGUCAGAAACUCUGGGGGGGUGCCUCUACCCAGCAUUCCACGUGAUUCUAACACACACUAAAGCUUGAGAACUGUUACCUUAGGGGCAAGCUGGGACGUUCUUCGAGGGUGUCAGGGAUGUUUGGAUGCCAUCCGCUGCCUUAGCACUAACACCUUCAUUUCCUCCAGUCGCUCCCUCCUCUCCCGUGAAAACAACAACCACAUCACUCAUCUCAGUCUAGGUUUGUCUUCCUUCUGCCUAUCCCUAAAGUCUGUCCUGCAUCAGCCUGGACAGGUGCCCAUGACCCCUUGCAGACUGGUCACUGCGCUAUUUGCACGGGAAGGGCCAGCUGGAGCUUUAGCGCACACGCGCACCUUUCAGGCAGGAAGGAGAGGCCCCUCCGGCCCAAUCGCGGAGGCUGCAGCCUCCCAACAGUCUCUGUUGUAAGGGAAGCCGUGCGCGCCUGCGGUCGUCUCUGUUCAUGUGUGUAUCCCUGACACGUAGCGGCACUCCGCGCCUCGUCAAGGGUCUCCACCCAGGGCUGGGCCUCCCGGGUCCCCGGGUGGACCUUGACGGGUGGGAGGAUGCAGCGCUACAGGCUAUUUUGUUAUGAAACCAUCUUUGCCCUUCCCCUCCCCCAGCUCAGCAUGACCCUGUGAGCAGGCUCUCACAGUCUCCCGGGCCCGGGCUGAGGCGGAGGCUUCGCUCUCUUCUCCCUAACCACCCCUCCCGUGCCCCCGCCACUUAGCAGUUAUCUCCCCGGCCAUGCCUUCUCCCUCUCUCCCUUGCCCUGACAUAUAUUGUGCCUUAUUUAUGCUGCAAAUAUAACAUUAAACGAUCAAGAGAAACACUGUUACGUCUCAUGCUUCGGUGCUGCGACCUGUAGGC